AUGGCCUCCCUCCAGCUGCGCGCUCAGCGCACCGCUCUCCGGAGCCUACGGACCUCUCACAUCACAGCCGGCCCCCGGAGCUCACGGUUACCUGCCUCGCUCCGCUGCUAUGCCACUGACAUCGAGCCCGAGCGGCCCAAAGCUCCCCGGCAGGGCGGCAACGAGACCAAGGUUGGCCGGACGUUCCAGGGCCAGGUCAUGGGCAGUAUCGGAGCUCGAUUGAGGCGUGAGCGAGAGCAGCGGGAGCAGUACGAGCAGUGGAGGAACAUGACUGAUCCCUCGCGGAACUGGAUGGUGACAUUUGUCUUCCUUUCCGGCGUCGGAAUCGCAUACUGGCUAGGCACAUACUGGCCCAAGGACGCCGAGCCCACAUCGACGCUGCCGCUCAACAAGACCAAGGAGCCUCAGCACAACACCAAGCUCGAGAACAUGCAGGCGGCGUGGGCCGACUUUGUCAAGAUCGUGGGCAAGGAAAACGUGAGCACGGCCGAGAACGACAUUGACCACCACGCCACGUCGAGCUGGUCCUCGCACCAGGCAAAGGCUGACGAGCGGUCCUUCUGCGUCGUCUACCCGAGCACCACCGAGGAGGUGUCGGAGAUCAUGAAGGUCUGCCACAGCCGACGCAUCCCCGUCGUCGGAUACAGCGGCGGUACCAGCCUCGAGGGCCACUUUACGCCCACACGGCAGGGCGUGUCGGUCGACUUUGGCCGCAUGAACAAGAUUGUCAAGCUGCACAAGGACGACCUUGACGUCGUGGUGCAGCCCGCCAUGGGCUGGGAGGCUCUGAAUGAUCAUCUUGGACACGAGGGUCUCUUCUUCCCCCCUGACCCCGGCCCCGGUGCCAUGAUCGGCGGCAUGAUCGGUACCGGAUGCAGCGGUACCAAUGCCUAUCGCUACGGAACCAUGCGAGAGUGGGUGCUGAGCCUUACCGUCGUCCUUGCCGACGGCACCAUCAUCAAGACACGGCAACGUCCCCGCAAGAGCUCGGCCGGCUAUGACCUCACCAAGCUCUUCAUCGGUUCUGAGGGUACCCUGGGUCUUGUCACCGAGGCUACCCUCAAGGUGACGGUCAAGCCCGAGUCGACGAGUGUCGCCGUGGCUAGCUUCCCCUCGAUCCGUCACGCUGCCACAUGCGUGAGCAAGGUCGUGGGCAAGGGCAUCCCCGUCGCGGCCGUCGAGAUCCUCGACGACAACCAGAUGAAGUGCAUCAACGACGCAGGCAUGACCUCCCGCGCCUGGGCCGAGGAAGCAACGCUCUUCUUCAAGUUCGCCGGCACGCCCGCGGGCGUCAAGGAGCAGAUCUCGCAGGUGCAGGGCCUGGCCAAGCAGGCGGGCAGCCGGACGUUCGAGUUCGCCAAGAGCCAGGAGGAGCAGGACGAGCUGUGGAGCGCGCGCAAGGAGGCGCUCUGGAGCACGACGGCCAUCAAGAAGCCCGGCGACCGCGUGUGGACGGGCGACGUGGCCGUGCCCAUGAGCAAGCUGCCGGACCUGAUCGAGGAGACCAAGGAGGACAUGGCCAAGAGCGGCCUGUUCGCCUCCAUCGUCGGCCACGUCGGCGACGGCAACUUCCACACCAUCCUGCUGUAUAAUGAUGCUCAGCGACAAAAGGCCGAGACGGUCGUCCACCGCAUGGUCAAGAAGGCUGUCGAGCUGGAGGGUACUGUGACGGGAGAGCACGGCGUUGGCCUCGUCAAGCGAGACUAUCUGCCUCAUGAGCUUGGCGAGACCACCGUGGAUGCCAUGCGACAGAUCAAGAAGGCCUUUGACCCCCUAUGCCUGCUCAACUGCGACAAGGUUGUCCGCAUGCAAAAACCAAAGAAGGGUGAGGUGGAAGAGUGGUAG